AGGUCAAAGAUUUGAAAGCAGCCAUUAAACCAGAAUGCCUCCUCCCAGUAUCUCCCCAAGUGCUUCAAGCAACAGUUUAUCUCACAGCUCGUCAAGCAAUAGCUUUGAAAUGCCAUCGAGCGCACCAGCAACGAGCAAGAGCGAUUUGCCCGACGUCUAUAGAGAGUACGAGGGUCUGCUGUUGCACGACCUCUUCCGAAAGCAGGCCCGACUGACUCCUGAUCGAGUUGCCAUCGUUGAUCAGGAUCGCAGGAUCUCCUACAGGGACCUCGACGUGCUGACUGAUCGGCUGGCCCUCUGGCUGAUUCAAAGAGGAGCAGGGCCCGACAAGGUGGUAGCCAUCUACAUGAAGAAGCAGCUCGAGUAUAGCAUCUCGUACAUCGCCAUCCUCAAGGCUGGCGCUGCCUAUCUCCCCAUGGACGUGGCGUAUCCUCCUGACCUCGUUCAGAUGGUCGUGACUGAUGCCUCGCCUGCCGCGAUCCUCACCACCCCCGAGUACUUCUCCGGGCAGACGUUCUUCACACAAGUGGAAACCUUUGUCUUCGAUCAAGGAUGGGAAGGCAAGGUCCCUCCUCACUCUCUUCCUCAGAUUCCAGGAAAGCUCACCUGGGACAACCUUGCCUAUGUCGUCUACUCGUCUGGCACGACAGGCAAACCUAAAGGGAUCUGCUGCCCUCACAGGGGAGCCGUGCUCUCAUACGCCUGGCGCUUUCAGGAGUAUCCGUACAGCUCAAGUCCCAUCGAGAGAGAGGCAUGCAACGUCUUCUUCGUAUGGGAGAUGCUGCGGCCGCUCCUCAGAGGUCAGGAGCUGCACAUCGUGCCGGACACGACCAUCUAUGACGUCGAGAAACUCCCGCAGUUCAUCUCCAAGAAUGCUAUCACUCGAAUGCUGUUCACUCCUUCUCUCCUUGAGGCCAUGCUCUCCGCCUCCGACGUCGACCUGCAGCUGUUCAAGUCACUCAAACUCAUCAUCCUCUGUGGCGAGGUUGUCACCAUGUCGCUAAGGAACAAGAUCCGCGAGAGCAUCCCAGGCAGCAGCUCUCGAGCUCCUCGCAUUCACAACCUCUACUCCAUCUCCGAGGCACAUGACGUGGCCGGCUCGGACCUCACCGACGACGCGCACAUAGACCUCAAGAGAAAUUUCUGCCCCGUCGGGAAGCUGCUGCCUGCCGUCGGCGUCAAGAUCCUUGAUGAGAGCAUGAACGAAGUUCCUCCUGGAGUCCACGGGGAAAUCUACAUCACCGGGCCCAUGCUGGCUCGCGAGUACCUGCAGCGACCUGACAUUACCGCUGAGAGGUUUCCCAUGCGGGGCGGGCAGAGGGUCUACCGCUCGGGAGACGUCGGGUACCUCGUCGGUCGCGGGCUGCUUGAGAUCUGCGGGCGUUGCGACUCGAUGGUGAAGGUGAGGGGAUACUCGAUCGAGCUCAAGGCCGUGCAGCGAGCGAUCCUUGAGCUGAAGCAGCUGGUGCAUGACUGCGUCGUGAUCGCCGAUGGCCUCCCCUCCGACACCGACAAGACGCUGCUGGCCUUCCUCGUCCCGGCCGACUUGUCUGCUCUGAGAAACGAAGACAACUUCUUGGCGAACAUGAAGAAGCAGAUCCGAACUCUCCUGAAGCGCAGGCUUCCUUUCUACAUGAUCCCUACCCACAUGGAGUUCCUAGACAGCAUCCCAGCAGAGCGAAAGGUAGCCAACAUCUUCAAGCGCGUGCUGGGCCUCAAGAGCGACGCCAUUGACACGGCUGAAGGCUUCUUCGACCUCGGAGGGAACUCUCUCUUGACCAUCCCGUUGCUCAAAGAUCUCUCAGCCAGCUUCGGAGGAAGGAAGGUGCUGCUGGAGCACAUCUUUGCUUACCCCAACAUCACUCAGCUAGCAAGCUUCCUCGAGAAGCCGCCGGAGGUGGAGGGCGAAGUGCGAGACUUAGUGCAGCGGAACCUGGACAACGAGGUCGAGCUGUACGCGCAUUCGCAGGUCAUCUCCAUCAACACGCGGGCCUUCUGGAGGCAUGUGGAGGUGGAGAGGCUUUUCAAGACUCGCCGCGUGAUGCUGACGGGGGUCACCGGCUUCCUCGGCGCCUUCCUCGCCUACGAGCUUCUUCGCCGCACCAAAGCAUACGUCUACUGCCUGGUGCGAGCAGGAGAGGCCGGAGGCACGGGAGCAGCUCCAGCUGACGCCUGCCGGUCGCGGGUGCUCAAGGGGCUGGAGAGCUACGGGCUGCUGACGGACGAGGUGCGAGCAGACGUUCACCACCGGCUGGACGCGAUUGUUGGGGACGCGAGCCUAGAGUGUCUCGGGCUGGAGGAGGAGGACUACACCUUCCUGACCCAGCACAUCGAUGUCGUCAUCCAUGCAGCUGCGCAGGUCAACCUCGUCUACCCUUAUGAAGCCCUCGUCCCCGCCAACGUUCGCGGCACCUCCUCCAUUGUCUCCUUCUGCCUCUCCGGCAAGGUCAAGGCCUUGCACUACGUGUCGACAGACGCCGUGUUCCCCUCGGAGGGAGGGAGCGGGAGGAGAACCUGGAGUGAGACGACGUCGUUGAAGUCAACGUGGAAGGAGCUCAAGACGGGAUACUCGCAGUCCAAGUGGGUGGCAGAGCAGCUCGUGCUGCAGGCGCAUGAGAACGGCCUGCCAGGAGCCAUCUACCGCUGCGGCAACAUCUCAGGUCACUCCGAGUCGGCGGCAUGGAAUCCCAAGGAUUCCAACCUAUCCAUCAUGCAGGCUUGUGUGUACGCGCAGGCGGUUCCAAUCGUACAAGGGUUGGAGCUCUGCUUCGAGAUGACGCCUGUCGACUUCGUCUCCAGGUUUGUUGUGUCCUGCGUAGAGGACAUCCGCAACUGCACCAACAAGGUCUUCCACCUCAUCCAGCCCUCGCCGCUCUCCUUCCAGAACUUCAUGACGGCUGCUCAUCGCGCCGGCUACACGAGCCUCAAGGCCGUGCAUGACGUGGACGAGUGGGUGAAGCUCGUCGAGCUUGCCUGCUCUCGGAGCGGUCACAACCCCGUGACCCGCGAGACCCUGCUGGACUUAUGCUGGCAACACAACCAGUACGACACUGACAACGUCAGCUCCUGGCUCGCCCGCAUCGACGCUAACGAGGAGUCGAGGAGCGAGCUCGCGCUGUCCCAGCAGUACCCCCAGCUGACAACGGAGCUCAUGGCGGCCUACCUCUCCAAGCUGAAGCUGAAGUGGAAGCUGCUGCCUCAUGUCACGCCGGUUGGCAUCGUCAGCCCUCGAGCUCUCGAGUCCAAGGUGGUUGUGGUGACGGGAGCCAGCGGGGGGAUCGGCCAGCAGAUCUGCAAGACUCUCUCCCUUCAUGGCGCCUACAUCGCACUCGUUGCUCGACGGAAGGAGCGGCUGGUGGAGUUGGAGGAGGAGAUCAACAGCGCAGGGGGGAGAGCGUCUUCCUUCCAGAUCGACGUGACCGACGCGGAGUCGGUGACCGCAGGCGUCGCUGCCAUCGCGCGGGAGUUCUCGUCGCCGAUCUGGGGGCUGGUCAACAGCGCGAGCAUGAUGCAGUACCAGCACCUGUCGUGUGUCGACUUGACCUCCUGGUCAGCCCAGGUAGACCUCAACUGCAAGGGAGUGCUCAACAUGACAGGCGCCAUCAUCCCGUCGCUCAUCGCCGAGGGCCGAGGAGGUCACAUCAUCAACAUCUCCUCCGACGCUGGUCGCGCCUCUUUCCCCGGCCUGGCCGUCUACUCCGCCACCAAGCACUUCGUUGAGGCCUGGGCGCGAGGGCUGCGGCAGGAGCUGGCGCUCUACGGCAUCCGGGUGACCAACAUCCAGCCGGGGGACGUGAAGAGCGAGCUCAUGAUGCGCGACGAGCAGCAGGCUUGCUCGCUCUUCGGGGAGAACUCGACGAAGAGCCAGCUCGAUGUGUCGGACGUGGCGGAAGCAGUGCUGUACGCCAUGACGAGGAAGGCCUCGGUGGCUGUGAACGAGAUCCUAGUAGAGCCAACCUCCUCCCCUCUGCCUGGAUGAUGGUGAUAGGACAGAUAGGAUCUAAUUACACAGUGAGUUGAUAUACUGUCAUCAUGGCUAAUUGAACAAUGUUAAGCUGCC